CUCUCCCCCACGCCGCCGUAAAAAGACCACGAUACACGACCAUGUCCGACCCAACAAAAGGCGGCGCCUACGGCACGCCCGCCGGCGACACCGACUUCCGCAAAACAUGGGACCUGGAAGAAUACGCGGCGCGCGGCAAGGAGCGCGAGGCCAAGGAGCGCGAAGAGUCCAAAGCGCGGUACGAAGCGAAGCUGGCGGGGCGGAAAUACCACAUACCGCUCACGGGGAACGAGUCGCUCGCGUCGGCGCGGCGGACGGCCCUCGACGUGUCCUCGCAGGUGGGCAAGACGCAGCUCGUGCCGGCGGGCGCGGGCCAGGGCAGGCGCGGGCGCGGCGCCGGCUUCUACUGCGAGGCCUGCGACCUGACGUACAAGGACAACAAGCAGUUCGUCGAGCACAUGAACUCGCCGCAGCACCUGGCGGCCACCGGGCAAAAGAUGGAGGUCGAGAGGGCGUCGGCUGGGGAGGUCCGCGCGCGCGUCGAGUACUGGUGGGAGCAGCGGCUGGAGCUGGAGAGGGAGCAGGCUGUCAGUCUUCAGGAACGGCUGGAGUUGCGGAGGGAAGAGAACGAAAGGGAGGCGGCGGAGAAGAGGCGGAAGAGGAGGGAGGUGGAGGAGAGGAAGAGGGCGGAGAGGGAGGCGGCGGAGAAGGUCAAGACGGAGUAUGGCGAGGAUGUGCGGAUCGAGGGCGAACACGACGAGGAUGAUAUGAUGGCUUCUCUUGGUUUUACUGGGUUUGGGACGUCGAAGAACAAGACGUGAGGACUUGGUUCUGUACGUGGGAAAUGAUGGAAAAGAAUGAUACCCUGUGGCGAAUGUUGACACUGAGAGUUUCGAUAUUUUCUAGGGAAUUCUGUCUAUGAGCAAGAGAUCCGAGAAUUGUUUGACUACUGAGUAAGUACCUUAUAUAGACUGCUUCCGUUGAGAAAUAUAUCUGGCG